UGAGUAGGGGCCUGGGAUGAGGAACUCCACCUCAGUGCUCACUGUUCAGUGCACAUUCCUAUACAAACUAUUUUCACAAUCCUAAAGAACCCAGACGGCAUUAAAAGAUGAUGCUAUUGCUACAGCAAUAGCAAUGCAAAAACUACCGUUGAGGCAUUUCACCAAACACCUUACCUGCACGAAACGGAUCUUCUCCUCUCAGCUUCCCAAAACCAAAAUGGGCCUAUCCUCAAUAUCCUCUUCACCGCCUAUGCAACAAUCACAAUCACUUAAUAUCAAAUCCCUCUACACUUCACUCUUCUGCACGCUCAUUCACCUCUUCCUCCGCUGCCACCGCCUCUCAAAGGCAAUAGGCGCCUUCUCCGCCAUGAGAAGUCACAAUCUUACUCCUGAUAUACGUUCUUGGAACCGCCUCUUGGCUCACUUCAGUGAUGCCGGUUUGGUCGACCAGGUGAUGAUUCUUUACUCGGAAAUGGUCUCUUCUGGGGUCAGCCCCAAUGUGGGCACCCGUAAUAUAGUUAUUCAUUCUCUUUGUAAAGUUGGAAAGGUUAAAGAAGCUUUGGUCAUGCUUAGAGACUAUAGUUUGAGUGACACUGUUAGUUAUAAUACUGUAAUUUGGGGAUUUUGUAAAAAUGGGUUUCAGAAGGCGGGACUUGGAUUGGUGUCUGACAUGGUUAAAAGGCGCGUAAAGAUUGAUACUUUUACUUGUAAUAUACUGAUUAAGGGGUUUUGCGAAAUGGGAUUGUUGGAAACUGCUGAAUUUGUGAUGCAAAUGUUUAGUGGUAGUAGUAAUGUUUAUCGGGAUAUUGUUGGUUUUAAUACUUUGAUUCAUGGGUACUGUAAAGUUGGUGACAUGAAUGGUGCUGUUAGGUUGACUGAGAAAAUGAGAGAAGAGGGUGUGUUGCCUGAUAUUGUGAGUUACAAUAUUUUAAUUUAUGGGUUUUGUAAAGUAGGAGAUUUUGAUAGGGCCAAGAGUCUCAUGGAUGAGCUCUUGCAUUCUUAUGAGGAUGUAAACGUUUAUAACAAUAAGCAACAACAGAACAGUGAUCAGGGUGAAAAUAAGGAAUCUUUGGUUAGACGGUUGGACGUUCAACCAAAUCUAAUAACCUAUACAACAUUGAUUAGUACGUACUGUAAGCUGCAUGGAGUUGAAGAAGUACUUGCCAUAUACGAGGAAUUGAUUAUGGCAGGGUUGUUUCCUGAUGUAGUUACAUAUAGUACAGUUAUAUGUGCUCUUUGUAAGGCUGGGAGAAUUGCUGAAGCCAAAUUACUUUUUGAGGAGAUGAAAAUGGUGGGAGUGGAUCCCAAUCAUGUCACUUAUUCAAUCCUUGUGGAUACUUUAUUUAAAACUGGGAAUGGCAUAGCUGCAGAUAGUAUACAGAGUCAAAUGGUAGUUCGUGGUAUUGCCUUUGAUGUGGUGGUGUUUACAACUUUGAUGGAUGGGCUUUUCAAGCUAGGAGGGAAUAAGGAGGCUGAAGAUAUGUUUCAGAUCCUUGUGAAGUCCAAUAUAGUUCCCAAUCAUAUUUCUUAUACUGCAUUAAUUGAUGGGCGCUGCAAAUUAGGUGAUAUUGAGGGUGCGGAAUCUUUGCUGGAAGAGAUGGUGCAUAAAAAUGUUCUUCCAAAUAUUGUCACAUCAUCUUUAGUGAUUAAUGGCUAUGUCAAAGAGGGAAUGCUUGAUGCAGCAUCAAAUCUUAUGAAGAAAAUGGUCAGCAUGAAUAUCAUGCCUAAUGUUUUUACUUAUGGCAUCCUCAUAGACGGCUAUUUCAAGGCUGGUAAGAGAGAAAUUGCUUAUGGUCUUUAUGAGAAGAUGAAAUUGAGAGGGAUCAAGGAGAAUUGUUUCAUAUUAGACAUAUUGGUUAAUAAUAUGAAAAGAGAAGGAAAAGCAGACGAGGCUGAGGCACUAUUCAGGCACAAAGUGUCCAGUGGAUUUUUACCUGACCAUGUCAACUACACAUCUCUCAUGGAUGGACUUUUCAAAGCAGGGAGGGAGUCAGUAGCACUAGGAAUAGCGCAGGAGAUGGCAGAACAAAAUUUAGGAUUUGAUGUGACUGCAUACAAUGUAUUGGUCAAUGGACUAUUGGGACUUGGCCAAUACGAAAUGCAAAAUGUUUAUGAGGGUAUGAGACAAUUUGGCUUGGUUCCCGAUAUUGCAUCAUAUAACACCAUGAUUAGUGCCUACUGCCGAGAGGGAAAGCUGGAAAAAGCUCUUGACAUCUGGAAGGAAAUGAGAAGUUGUGGGGUCAUGCCUAAUUCAGUCACUUGUAAUGUUAUUGUUAAAGGGCUUUGUGAGGUGGGUGAAGUUGGUAAAUCAAUGGAUUUGUUGAAUGAAGUGAUUGUUCUGGGGUUUACUCCCACAUUAACUACUUAUAGAUCUGUGGUUGAUGCUGCUUCAAAGUGUGAAAGGGCUGAGGCAAUCCUGCAAAUCCAUAGCCAGCUUGUUGAUAUGGGACUUAAGCUGAAUGUUUCAGUUUACAACACUCUUAUAACAAUCUUAUGCAGGCUAGGGAUGACUAGAAAAGCAAAAUCAGCAAUAAAAGAUAUGAAAGAAAAAGGCUUCUCAGCUGAUACUAUCACAUACAAUGCCCUGAUACGUGGAUAUUGUAAAAGCACACAUAUACAGAAGGCUUUUGUGACAUUUACCCAAAUGCAGGUUGAAGGAGUUGCCCCAAAUAUUGCAACAUAUAAUGCUCUUUUAGAGGGUCUAUCAACUGCUGGAUUGAUGGAUGAAGCAUCUGAGCUACUUCAAAAAAUGAGGAAGAAGGGGUUUAUCAUGAAUGCUACUACUUAUGAAAUUUUGAUUUCUGGCUAUGGGAAGGCAGGGAAUAAAAGGGAGUCGAUAAAGAUGUACUGUGAGAUGAUAACUAAAGGUUUUGUUCCUCGAGUUGGCACUUAUAAUGUACUCAUGCAUGGGUUUGCCAAGUUGGGAAAGAUGAAGCAGGCUAGAGAGCUUAUGAAUGAAAUGGAACACAGAGGAGUACGACCUAAUUCUUCAACUUAUGACAUACUUAUAACUGGGUGGUGUGAGCUAUCAAAUCAAGCAGAGGUUGAGAGGUCACAGAAAUUAGCCUACCAGGCUGAGGCAAGAAGGUUAUUUAAGGAGAUGAACGACAAAGGUUUUACUCCAAGUGAAACCACAAUCUCUUGUAUCAGUCCAGCUCUUGCAAAACCAGGGAAAAGGGUUGAUGCCCAAAGGUGGUUGGAAAAGUUUUACAAGAGGAAGAGCUCUUAAUUAAAGAUGCAGCUUGAUGUCCAAUUUGGCAAAUUGACCAAUAGUUAACUUCAAAAUAUGGAUUUCAUUGGAAGUUGAAGAGAUUAUGAAAAUGUUUGAAAGAAGAGUGAAAACAAAGAAAGGAAUAUCAUGUUUGAGGAGUUGGGACUAGUAGCAGUCAGCUUGUGCAGUGCAGAUAUCUUUCCAGAUGGUACAUAGCAGAUCUUCUGUGGAAUCUCCUAGAGAAGUAUAAGGAUAAAAUACAUGUCAAAGGUUCAAAUUAUCAGCCACACAUAAAGAUCUGGGGUUAACUGCUAUAUCCUUGUGUCGUGCAUAGCUGAUUUUUCCUGCUGUAGCCUGUCUAGGCCUUUAGAUCUUUUUUGGUUCCAAUGAACAGGGAAAAGAGCCAUUAUUGCAGAGUUAUCCUCCUGGCAGAAAACAGGAGCAAACAACUAAUACAUAGAGGUUUUUAUGGAUACCUAAGUUCCCUGUACUACACUGUGAGCACACAUUUUCCACAAAACGAGACACACUAUGGGUUCAGGAAAUUGUCAAAUUGAUGUUCUCUUUUUCUGUUGGUUGAGCCACAUGAAAGUACAAUGCCAUUGCAUUCUACAAUCUGAUGGUUUAAGGAAUUUAUAUAUUCUUCGGGUAGAACUACAUUUCUCAAACCUCUACAGGGAGGUUUUGCUUCUUGGGUGUCUCUCUAGUUUGCAUCAACUGGAUUGAUUUUGAUACAGAUUGAUCAAUUAGGUCAUUGCACAUCCUUAAAGUCUGAAGUUACAUGAAUCGUGACUGCUAUCUAAGACCCAAUUGUUUCAUUGACACCACAGAGUAUGAAAGUCAUAGUUUUGGACACAUUCUACAUGGGCUUCUUGAACAUGUCAUACGUAUGGUACCGUGGCAUUGAAGGAAUUCUAGUUGCAUGUGGUGGACAUGCUUUUCUGUGAUAAGACAGGAGGAAAGGAGAAUCAGUUAAGCGGUUUGGACAACUGGGACUUCAUUUUUAGUCAAGAGUGGGGUGCAAAAUUGAAGACAGCAGAUCACGGAUAGGGUAUGCUUCAUUUAUUGAAAGGGUGAAUGAAAUUCCAGAUGCUGCUCGAGUGAGUACACCAACCGCUCUGUUUUCUCAAGACCAGACAAUAUAACAUGGAGAGUCGUGUUAAGGCUUUAGGUGCAGGCACUUCUCCCUGUGAAGAGAGAACAGCUCAAAAAUAUUAAAGGAAGCCACAUGCAGAAAAGCAUAAUAAUGGAAACAAGCUGACCAGACUUGACGCCAUUACACCUAAUUGAGAGGUAUGUUUUGAUUAGGAAGGCAUGAAUUUACGAUUAGUCUUGAAAUGGAAAUAGGAGAGCCUUUCUUUGCAGUUUGUUUGGUGAGUUACAAUAAUGAUAGAUAAUCAAAAAAUCAAGAGAAGCAAUCCCAGUCCUUGGAUCUGUUGUAGCCUGUGAACAGCUCAAAUUUUCGGCCAAGUGAAGGACAAAAAUUGAUCUGUUAUUGAAUCAUGACCAGUUGCUUCCCUUAAUCAAAA